UGUGAUGUCCGCCAGAGGUCACCAUUUUUCGCUCUCGCGCGCGCCUUCGGUCACGCACGCGCACGGUCUCUAGGCUACCCGAGAGCCUCCUCGUCAGUCGGCGUCCGCGGACCUUCGAGGCUCUCGGAGCACUUUGUGUGCGUCCACGCGCGUUUUCGUCGCCUCACUAGCUCCGCGGUUGACAUGAGCAGCGGCGGCCCGGCGGACGUCAACGCUCCCCGGUGAACAAAGCGGCCGCAGCGCGCUCGUGGUUGGAGCGAACAGGAGGAGGAGCUCGGAAAUGGUCGCCGGGCACCGCCGGUGAACGCCGCCGCGUUGAUGCGGCAGCGAGAAGGCGACACGCCGAGCGAGUAAAUAGUUUUCCACGUCCGUAAUCAUCUUUUAGCGAGGGGACGUCUUCCAGAUGGCGGCCGUGGUCAACUACUCGCCGCCCUGGUGGGUCAACCUGCUCCACCGUUUGCCUCAUUUCAACUUGGACUUCCAGAUAGUCAGCAGCGACUUUCGGCCCGAAGACCCCGAGUAUCAAAAGUCGGUGUUGCUGCUGGGCUCGGUGGCUCUGUUGUGUUUGGGUCUGGACCUGGUGUUCCUCCUCUUCUACUCUUUCUGGCUGUGCUGCCGUCGCCGCAAGAACGGCGAGUCGUCGUCUUCGACGCACUCGCACCACACGCACUCCCAGCAGCAGCCCAGCGCAGACUGCUGCUGCACGGCCUGGUGUGUCAUCAUCGCCACCUUGGUGUGCAGCGCUGGGAUCGCUGUGGGCUUCUACGGGAACGGCGAGUCGAGCGACGGCGCCAGUCGCGUGGCGUAUUCCCUGCGCCACGCCAACCGCACCGUAUCGGGCAUCGAGAAACUGGUGUCGGACAGCGCCGUGGGGCUGAACCAGACGGUGGAGGAGAACCUGGUCCAGCUGGAGACGUCCUACCAGGAGCAGACAGACUACGUGUCUAUUGUCCAGAAGCUUCAGGGACAGCUGGACGAGCUGGUCAGGCUCAUGGUGGACAUCCCCUUCUGGUCCAACACGGAUGUGUCCCUGGAGGACUUGGCGCGCCAAACGGAGGCCUUUGACUUCUACAGGUGGUUGGGUUACCUUGGCUUGCUGUUGUUUGACGUCCUCAUUUGCCUCCUGGUUCUCUUUGGACUCAUACGGAAUUCCAGAGGAACUCUUAUCGGCGUGUGUCUGCUGGGAGUGCUGACGCUCGUGAUCAGUUGGGUGACUCUGGGCUUGGAACUGGCUGUCGCUGCGUCUGCCAGCGACUUCUGCGAUUCUCCCGACACGUACAUUGUGCGCGCCACCAAGGAGAACGGCGUCAUCAAUCAAGAUAUCCUGCAGUAUUACCUGAAGUGCAAUCCGGGACAAGUCAACCCGUUCCAGCAGAGGCUGUCGGGGAGCCACAAAGCGUUGGUGGAGAUGCAGGACGACGUGUCGGAGCUUUUGCGAUCGGCCACACGGGAAUACGCCAACACUAAAGAAAAUCUGGAUCAGAUCCAGUCAGUGCUGAACUCCACGGAGGUGGGCUUGCACCAGCUGACGGCACUGGUAGAUUGUCGCAGCUUGCACAUGGACUACGUGCAAGCGCUGACGGGCCUGUGCUACGAUGGCGUGGAGGGUGUCAUCUACCUGGUGCUCUUCUCCUUCGUCACGGCGCUCAUGUUCUCCUCCAUCGUCUGCAGCGUGCCGCACACCUGGCCCGGCAAGAGGACGGAUGAGGAGGACGGAGAAGACGAGUCGGGCGCCUCGCGGGGCGGCGGCGUUCAUGAUAACCUCUACCGCGUUCACAUGCCCAGUCUCUACAGCUGCGGCUCAAGCUAUGGUAGCGAAGCUAGCCUGCCCGCCACCGCCCACACUGUCAGCAAUGCGCCCGUCACUGAGUACAUGAACCAGAACGCAAACUUUCAGACCCCCCGGUGUGAGAACACCCCCUUGAUUGGCAGGGAGUCCCCUCCACCCUCUUACACCUCCAGUAUGAGAGCCAAGUACCUGGCCACCAAUCGCCCCGAACAGAACCGCCGCUCCGUCCCCAACGACCAACUGGACCCGGCCAGCCGGCCCCACGCCAACGCCCGGCCGCAGUCUUCGGUCCACUAGUGCACGAUCAUCACACGCAUACACAGAUACACAGGCACACAUAUACACGCUGUACAAAAGCUGUAAAUAGUAAUCAUAACUCCAACACUGAUUUAAUAACCGGUGAUGUGCUGUACUGUGCACUUAUGUUUGUGUAUCUCACACAGCCACACACUUACACACACCUGUUUAGGCGACAUCUACUUGUACAUCUUCAUAACACCUAAGACUUGUCCAUACAUCUCUUUUUUUUUUUUUUUUCUGGAAUUCGAGCACUCAGGAGUGUUUUGACCGAGGGGCUGACCAUGUGCCAAAUUUAACGAGGGUGCCUGAAAAUGAUGCCGUGAAAUGCUCUCUUUCCAUGUACAGAAACGGUAAAAAUUAAAGUUGCAAUGGGGAGAAGAAGAGGAGGAAGGACGCUGGGAAAAGCAGAAAAAUGUUUGCUUGGUGCUAACGUGAGCCGGAGAGGGGAAAAAAAUUUUUUUUUUCCCCCCCAAGUAUUUUACCACAAGUGAUACUGUGAUAAACUUUUUUUGGGGGGAGGGUGGGAUUCUCAUAAGCACAAUUCUUUUCUUCAAGGCGGCUUUAUGAAGGCUAAAUGGCCACUGCCGACGUUCCUCCCAUUACUGUACAGUAUCUAAAGAUCAAUAGUGAACAUGUGCUUGUGUGUGUGUGCGUGGUUAGCAUUGCACUUUUUCUUUGUUCACAUUCGAGACAUGCAGCUGCUACACACACACACACACACACACACACACACACACUUGUGCACUUGUCAACGUUUAGACAGGAACAAUAACUUCCACUUCUCAAAUAUUUACGAAGGAAAUGCUGUUUUUAGCUGUUAACCAGCACAUGGGGGGGGUGAGGAUAAAAUAGUGUAAUAUGCAUGCCAGGCCAGAAGUUGGCAGUGUCAUUCUGCUUACUAAAUGUAGACUUUUGUCUAGGAAGCAUCGUAAAAAUAAACAUGUCACUUCUAGCUUAUAGCAUUUGGUUGCUAAUAGUAACUUCCAGUAUUUGAAAAAUGUAUUUGUAGGCUGUUGCCAGCAAAAAAACAACUUUUUUUUUAGCUAUUAAAGAUCACACACACAGUAAGUGUAAGCUAACUGUUUUUGGGCGUGAUUCACUUAAAAGGACAAACAAUCUCCGUUCACGCAGAUACCCCAAAAGGUCUAAAACAGCUAUAAUAUGCACGCCAAACCAGAAUUUCGCACCUCAAAAACAGGUAAUUUUGUUUUAAACGAUUAUGUGCACACAAGCGUACUUUUACGAGACAACAACCUAGAAAUACUUAUAGGGUGUUUUUUGACAUUGAAAAAGACAAAAGUAUCGUCACACAAAAUGAUCUAGUAUGCAUGCCGGACCAGUAGAUGGCGUUGUCAUUUUUUUGUGUGACGAAAGGCUAAAUGCACAUUUGUUGCAAAAAUAGACUAUGGUCCAAGUUGUUUGCAUAAAUGCUGAGAUAGUGCUUUCAUCUUUCAGUUUAUUUGACAGUUUUUCAAAUAUUGGAUUUUUAGACUGUUGCUGUUUAACAAAAAAAAGACCGUUUUUAGCGCAACAUUGUUGUCUAAACAUCCCGUGACUACGCACUUUUGCAUCGCAAAUCAUACACCUUGUCGGAGAAGUGCCGUUAACAACUAGCGUUAUCUAGCCCUGUGUUCCACUUCCAUUCUUUUACUGUACAGAUCAUAAUUCUUUUGUGUUUGGACAGGAAUAAGUCCGCAGGGUGUUGUCGGGUCAACCAACAGGUCCAAACCAUCUUGUUUUUAGCCAUAUGGCAAAAAAUGUCCGCCUAUUAGCUUAGUUGACUUGGAAGUUGGCCAAACGUCCUACCCUGUACAGAAUUAGCACAUUUAAAUUCUUGGAUUUUAACCACCACUUCUCGUAUUAGCGAGACAAUCUUACAUUUUUAGGCUAACCGCACUACUUAGCCGCGUCGUGCUAUGUUCGAGUAUUUGACGCCUUUCAUAAUGUUUUUAAAAUGUCUUUCCACGCUCAUCAGUUUUUUUUAAAUAAUCUUACUGUCUUGUAACGUAAUGGACGUUCUAAGAUUUAAAAAAAAAAUACUAGUUAGACGUUUUUCUACAGUAUUGCUCUUUUCAUUUUUAUUUCCAUGAUUCUACUACGAAAGAAACAAAAGUAUUAAUGAUGUACAUGUCCAAACUGUGGUAAUAUUCAAGCUGGAAAAUAAAUGUUGGAAAAAAAAGUGAAAUUAAAGCAACUUUAA